ACACACUUCUCUACUGAGAAGCAGAUAGGUAAUGCUUGCAUGUUAAACUGAACUCAGCUGGGUCAGCGCUAAAAUCUCCAAGCAAACUUCUCACUACUGUUUUUGCAUUAUUUAGGCUACUUUAAGUAACAUGUCCUUCGGCGGCUUCAUGCAACCUGUUAAGGUAGGCCUAACUGAGAUUUCUGCACCAGUUUUUGGUGGGGGUACAUCUUUCUCAGUAUUACCGUUAGUCUCUGAAAUCCCAGUGACUACAUCGGCAGGGGACGACAAAUCCAAGUCCAGGAGGAGAAUGACAAAAAACUCUGAGGAGAAUGGGAUAAACUCAUCUGGGGGUUUUGCAGGCCUGCCAGGGGCAGAACAGUGGCAAAGUAAGAUGGAGUCCCCAUGGAGGGAGGUGGCAUGGACUGAGGAUCGCAGGAAGACCCUGAUGGAGUCUAUCAGUUCAUAUAAGCCUGGUUGUGAGGCUGUGUCUGAGGCUCGGGUUCUGCUGCUGGGGCCUGUCGGAGCCGGCAAGUCCAGCUUCAUCAGCUCUGUUCAGUCAGUCUUCACAGGAAGAGUCACUAACCGGGCCAUGGUUGGCUCUUCCUCUGCCAGCUUCACCAAAAAGGUAGAGCUCAAGUUGUUCAACAUCUGUAGGCAGAGUCCGGCGCAGCCUACUGCGCUGGUCCUGUGUGAUGUCAUGGGUCUGGGAGAUGGGGAGACCGCUGGACUAACCCUCCAUGACACUCUGGCUAUCAUCAAAGGCCAUGCACCCGAGGGACACAAGUUCAGUCCUGAGCAGCCUGUGAGAUCGGAGACUGUGGGCUAUGUGAAGAAGCCGUCCCUUAAAGACAAGGUCCACUGUGUGGUCUUUGUGGUGGAUGCUUCUAAAGUGUCCAGCUACACCAAAGGCCUAGGCGCCACCUUCCAACAGCUCCGAGAACACAUCAGUGACCUGGGUGUGCAUCAAGUGGCACUGCUGACACACGUGGACCAGGUGUGUCAGGAAACCGCCCGUGAAAUCACCCAGGUGUACAACAGCCGGAUCGUUCAGCAGACGAUUAAUAAGGCGGGGGCUCUGCUUGGCAUGUCCACCUCCUACAUCGUCCCGGUGAAGAACUACUCGUCUGAGCUGGACGUUGAUGAGAACACAGACAUCCUUCUGCUCAGUGCUGUGGACCACAUCCUGCAGUAUGUGGAUCUGCACUUCCAGGACUGUGCAGCAACAGAGCCUAACCUGUCUCAUUAAAAAGGCUGUGAAAUGCUGUGUAAUAUAAAAAUGUAUAACAUAUGUUUAUCAUGUUUUAUAACUUGCUUACCUUAUUGUUAACUUGUUAACAGAUGUCUUGCUUUGAGUAAAACAAAUGUCUAAGAGCCAUUUUGAACUGUGUAUAUGUUGUCUGUCUAAGGAUUUCUUAACCUGUUUUGUACACUAGGGGCACUCUCACAUGGGGUUAUGGGUCACUGGCCACAUGUAUAUAGGUACAACGUGUUAGCUUAGCACAGGUGAGCAAGUAUGGUUAGCUGCAGCCCAAUAUGGUGACCGGAGUAUGGGCGAGUGGGUGUGUCAAAAAGAGUGGGUGUAUGGAAAGCGAAUCAGCUAAUUGGGCAGAUUUGUUUUCACUCAAGACCGUUUUGCAUGACUAAUUUGACUACACGACCAGUUGAUAAACCGGCAACGGAAACCAGUGCACCGGGUGUUGAAUCAUUGUGCCUGCCGACUUGAUGUGCUUCCUACUUCGUGUCAAGGUUGUGUCGCUAACGUGACCAUUUCUUUCUCUCACAUUAUUUUAUUUCAAGUAGCAUAGCAACUUACACAAGAAAUAACUAAUAUUGAUAACCAUCUAGAUGUCACCUUGAUUCAUACAUACAGUCUACUACUCAAUGGGGAGGGCAUGAACGGCAACAACAAGGGUAGAGUGACGUUCGCUCCCGCUUGACAAUUACUACUGUCUGGCAACAGCGUGGGAAGUAGCUACCUAGUAGCCAAUAUCAGGAUGACAGCUGUACAUUCAUUCCAUGCAUGAAGUACACCCAUCAUCAAUACUUUUAAUAAAAAAAAAACAAUCAUCAGUUUUAUAACUGAAAAUGUACCAUUAUUUUUUGUGUGUAAAACUGACAGUGAAAAAUGACUCAGACUCAUCCUCUGGCUUAAAAACAAAGUCCAAACUCGCACUGUAUGGUAGGUCAAUGUAAGGUGGUUGCAAGGUAAGAAAUGGAAGAAGAAAAAUACACAGCUCAAUGAAAAUAGUCUAACCCACGUGUCAAACUCAUUCCACGGACGGCCGAGGGUCUGCUGGUUUUCGCUCCUCCUUUGUACUUGAUUGAUGAAUGAAGGUCACUAAUUAUUAAAGAACUCCCCUCA